AUAGCAAUUGCUGCAUUCCAGUCGUGACAUGUCAAGCAUAAUGAUCAAGAUGAGUACAUCCGCCGGACUCCUCUUACUAUAGGGUUUGUCAUCGCGUUUAAUUGAUUAAUAUUGAAACAAUGAACGUGUAGCAAUACCGAAGCAUAGUGAUAGUGCAAUAAAAUGUAAUACGUUCCCAACAACUAGUCAUGCGUUAACUGCACCGCAAUCAACACAACAAAACACUCGAAUGAAGAAUCUUCAUCUGACGAAAAGUUCUUUUACAAAAUCUCAUCAUGCCUGUAAUAAAAGACGCCAACAUCGUGAAGAUUGCGAUCGAGAUGACCGACAUGGUCCCGCAUCUCACCGAAUUCAAUCAAAAGCAACCGCUUACAUGCAUCAUCCAAGAAUUGUGCAACGUCUGGAAUCUCUCCGAGCCCGACCAAUACGCACUGCAAUUCAACGAUACCAACAACAAGAACUACAUCACCGAGAAGAAUCGCAAUGAGAUUAAGAACGGAUCCGUCAUACGCCUAGAAUACUCACCAUCUAAGACUGCCCAAGAUAUCCUGCAUAAACUGAAUGCUGGAUCAGUGGAGGAAAAAACUGCAGCUGUACAAAAACUGUCCAAGUUAAGUGCUGAUAUUACUUUUGCUUUAGAAUUCAUCAGCAAGCAGGGUUUAACUUUGAUUAUCAAACACAUAGAAGGUGGUAAAUCAAAAGGUGCUCUUCUUGCUUACUCACUGCUAUCAUUUGUUGAAUUAAUGGAGCAUGGAAGUGUAUCUUGGGACAUUCUUGAUGGGCAGUUCAUUAGUAGAAUUGCUGGGUAUGUGAACACUUCACAGGAGAAGGACAUUGGUCAGGCAGCACUAUCAAUAUUGGAAAAUAUUGUUUUGAAUAGUAGUCAAGGGUAUGAACAGGUUGAGAAAGAAGUUCCAGUCAGUUCUUUAAUCACCCACCUUCAGGAGUCUUCGGUAGUUCAACAAAAUACUGUUGCUUUGAUUAAUGCCUUGUUGAUUAAAGCAGAUUUCACCAAGAGGAGAUCAAUUGCUGCUACAUUGGCUUCCAAACAGUUAAGACAAGUUAUUCAGCAGAAUAUUCUUCAAACUGGAGCUGUGGAAGGAGCAGAAAUGGCGCAUCAGUUGUAUGUGCUGCAAACUUUGAUUCUUGGCUUGUUGGAGCAGAGGAUGAAGACCAAAAUGGAUCCACAGGAUCAAGAUGGUCACGAUAAAAUUAAAGAACUGCGACGCAUAGCCUUCGAUGGAGAAGGUGCUGGGAGUAUUCGAGGUCCUGUUGGUUUUACACGUGAUUACAAAAAACUUGGUUUUCGUAAUGAUAUAAAUCCAGCUCUGGAUUUUACUGAAACCCCACCUGGAUUAUUAGCACUCGAUUGUAUGGUUUAUUUUGCUCGUAAUCAUCCUGACAACUACACUAAACUUGUAUUAGAGAACAGCUGCCGAGCAGAUGAACACGAAUGUCCUUUCGGACGUGCAAGCGUUGAAUUAGUGCGUAUUUUAUGCGAGUUGUUAAAAAUUGGUGAAUCUCCUUCGGAACAAGGCGGAGCUUAUCAAGCUUUAUUCUUCACGCAUGAUUAUCCUUUCGAGGAAACAUUCUGCAUUUGUAUUGUUUUGUUAAAUAAAACAUGGAAAGAAAUGCGCGCUACUUCAGAGGAUUUUGGUAAAGUUGCUUCGGUUGUUCGAGAACAGAUCAUCAGAGCCCUGCAGACAUCGCCUGUGUCUUUAGAACAACUUAAAACACGUUUGUUGUCAUUGACAUAUAGCGAGAUUACAGCCUUGUGGCAGCAGGAACGCACUUCGAGAGAAAAAUGGGAAUCACACGCAACUCCCAUUGUUGAACUCAAAGAACAAAUCACGCCGGACAUUUUGAAUCUCAUCCACCAACAACGCAUCUCGUUCCUGAUCGAAGGAACACGUUUUACUAAGUAUUCCGCGCGUGGACAACGUAUUAAAGAUAAGUAUUGGUACAUGCGACUGUCGCCUAAUCAAAAAGUCCUCCACUAUGGUGAUUGCGAUGAAAAAAGUGCGCCUUCAACCGAAGAACUUACAUCGAAACUAGCGGUUUCGGAUAUUCGUGCGUUGCUUGUUGGUAAAGACUGCCCGAAUAUGCGGGGGAGGAAAGCAGCGCAUCAGCUGGCGUUCUCGUUGGCGCUGGAAGGCGUCGAUCUGCAGUCGUUGGACUGUAUCGCAGCGGAUGAGUUAAUCUUUGCGUAUUGGACGGAUGGGAUUAAUUCAUUGCUGGGGCAGCGGAUGCAGAGUAAAGAGGCCGAGAAAGAUCUGGACAUCCUUUUGUCCAUGGAGAUUAAAUUGAGAUUGUUGGACGCGGAAGGUGUUACUAUUCCGCAGGAUCCGCCACCAAUUCCGCCCGAUCCACCGCAUUAUCAUUUCUGUUAUGAUUUGAAAUAAGCGGGGAAAUAGGAGUUGGUAAACUAACAGUAAUAAUAACAUAAGUAAUAAUCUGCAUGUCAAAUCACGUGGUAUAUUUUAAGAAUCUCGUAAUUGUAACUUUUUAAAACAAAUUAUGUUGAAGUGUUUAUACACGUGAAUAAUAAGGGUUUUAAAGAAAUCAACUCUGAUUAAAUAUCAAAGAGAUAAGAGAAAACUGCGAAAAGUAGGACUGAGCGUGUAGUGCACUGCGUGUUGCCUAGUUAUACCUGCUCUCGAUCCGCAAAAAUCUUAUAAUCUUACAAUAUUGCGCACAAAGUGGAAAAGAGUCCCUAAAUAUACGAAUCUCAUUGUGUUCAAGAAUAAUAAACGAUUAUCUCAGCCCUCACUUCAACAUUUCAUGCGAAAGCCCUUAUUCUUCACUCAUGAUCAAUUAUUUCGACAAAUUAAUACUAACCAAGACUAAACGCUCACCAAAAAUGCACGUCAAACUAACUAAUAUGUUUCUACCUAUUUGUAUUGUUUAUUAUGUAACUGUAAUGGCCAAGACCAAAUUAGACUGAGCUAAUGUAUAAGAAUAUUGUAAUGCAAAUAAAUAUUGAAUGUAUACAAUUGA